CAGUUGACGCUCGUUGAACUUAACGGCUACGCGAUGUGAUUCCUAGGCUCAAUCAAUGAGUUGACAACUCACACUUUAACUGUCCCUGUAACGCGGUUACAUGAUUUUAAGUUGAUUUAGUGAUUUAAUAUUAUGUGUUCAUGUGAGCUCGAGCUAACCGGAGGAUUAUGGAGAGAUUUAAAUUCGUUAUGGAUCAGAAACAGGGACAGGAGGCUGCUAUCACGAUGCUAACAGCACCAAGGAUGCUAACACAGCUAGAGGAGCUUUUAUUCCAAACAUGGAGGACAGACAGGACGACAAGGAGGAUUUAAAGAUGGAGGGACUGACUGACCAAGAAGAAUAAAAAAGGUUACAGACGCAUUGCCUCACCCACAGCCCGCGGCUAAGCUGCAACCAGUUGGAAUGAGCCCAGAUGAGAGGGAGGAAUCUGAACGAGACACGCCUCCUCUCCAAACCUACACUUUUACUUUAGGGGAUUUCUGCUGCAUGACCUGUUUCUACAGUAGUAGCAUUCCCCCCCCCCCCCCCCCUCGUGUUGAACUCUCAGAGUCAUUAAUCUUGUUCCAUCGCUCACAAUAACACUUCCCCUUUUUUUUUUCUGACCUUACUUUAAAAACAACAACACCACCACCAUCUCCUCGUCUCUUUAAUUCAGAGGCGGCACAUUUCAGUGAUUUGGAUAAAACACAGGAAGAGUUCUGCUCAUACUUGUGACCUCCUGAUUCAUUCAUGUGUACAGCACGCUGGCUGGAAAUCCCCUCCUCAUGACAGAGCUUCCUGGUUACAGCUAAUGGAGACGCCUUAUUGCUUUCUUUUUAUACCGGGGAGGAAAAUAUUAUCUAACCGGAGCUUUAAAAACACAGAGCUGAGGCGUGGGCUGUGAAUCACUCAUCCUUUCUGCAGAUAUUUCACCCUGUUGUUGUUUUAUUUUUAAUAAAUGAUGAGUUUGCAUAAAUUUAAAAAACCUUCAAAUAAUGAUUUCAGAGCUGCAAACAUUCUCACACUUUAUAUAACAUAACAUCACAUAAAUAGCCUUUGGAUUACAGUAGCUGAGCUCUCCUGCAGGGUCAGCCCUCCUCAUUCAUUGCACAGCAGUAGUAGUAGCAGCUCAUGGCGUUGAGGCGCUGUGCAUUGAGAAAAACAAGCUGCAGAGAGCAGAACCGGAUCAGGCUUUGAGUCUAAGGACUGAAGCAGCUGGAGGAUCUGUUUAAAGGCUGCAGGAGGCGCACGCGGUUUAUUCUGCAGAAUCAUAAUAAUAAUAAUAAAAACAGGAGCAGGGUCCCGGUCGAGUCCAGACCUGGGUGCAGUUUUUUGUGGAAGGAUGGAGUGAUUAAAUUAAAGUAAAAAAAGAAAAGAGAGUGAGUGACAGAGGCUGCAGUAAACCGAGGAGGAGGAGGAGGAGGAGGAGGAGGAAGGGGGGGUCUGUCGAAGAAAUCAAGUCAAUAGAAACUGAAGUGGAAGCAGGCGUUUAGAGCUCCGCGGUGACGUCACUGGUCCACAUUGAGCCAGUAGUAGAGAGUCAGUGGAGAUAGAGAGAGGCGCGCCGGAGUCCAGGACGCACCGACAUGAACCUCUCCCUCUGAACCUCCUCUCUCUCUCUCAGACUCCACAACACACCACGAGUGAUUCUUCCACGCAGGGAACGUGUCGUUUCUCGUGUUUUGAAGGGAACCCGGAGGAGACCAGGACCAGGAGCAGCAGACUCUGAGUUUUGGGUGUUUGAUUCCUUUUUUUGUUGGGGGGUCGACGACGAGCGAAAUGUCGUCCGCGGCGGUCGCUGCUUCUUCCAGGAGGCAGUCGUGUUAUUUAUGCGACCUGCCCCGCAUGCCGUGGGCCAUGAUCUGGGAUUUUACCGAGCCCGUCUGCAGGGGGUGCGUCAACUACGAGGGCGCGGACCGGAUCGAGUUCGUCAUCGAGACGGCCCGGCAGCUGAAGCGGGCGCACGGGUUCCAGGAGGGUCGGUCUCCUGGUCCGGGGAAGGCGCAGCUCUCCGGGAAGGAGAUCCACGCAGCUGGGGGUGGUGGGGGGGACCCGGGAUCCAGGCCGCCUCAGCCUCUGGACCGCUACCCGCUCUCCUCAGACCGCCCCCCCAGGCUGGGACCAGAAUACCCGUCUGGCAGGCAGGCGAACGGGAUCCCCGUCCCCAAUGGAUUUCCUACUAAACCCGACGAGCCUCCGGAGCUGAACCGCCAGAGCCCGAACCCGCGCAGGACUAGCACCGUGCCCCCUAACUUAGUGCCUUUGGUGAACGGGAGCAUGCCUCAGGUCCACGCCGUCAACGGCAGACCGGGACAGAUGGGUCUGCCCUCCGCUCUGGCUGCUGGGAGUCCCGCAGACCUGGGUAAGAGACCCGCCUCGGUGUCCAGCAGCGACCACGACAGGGACGGGAAGGACAAGCACAGAUCGGACAGCCUCACGCCGGACCUGUCCACAGAGAGCCACAAAAACCCGGACUGGAUGGCCAAAGGCAAGACCGUGAGGGACCUGAUGGCUCUGCACACCUUCGACAGCCGGUUAAGGAAGGACCACGCGGCGGCCAUGCAACAAAGAGUGAUGGGCUACGAGCCGAGCGCGACCGCCUCCAAGUCAGACAGAGGAAAGCACCCCCGCAGCAUGAAGAGGAAAGCGUCUCCCGAGCCGGAGGGAGAGGGGACGGCUGCCAAGCUGAACGGAGAGGGGCAGCAGUGGUUACCCCCGCCUUCCGAUGGACUCAAAAUGCCUCCGGUGCCCCCGCCGAGCUUCGCCUCCCCCCCUUCCACAAUAUCCCCCCACUCCCGCACCACCCCACCUGAGGCGGCGCAGAACGGCCAGUCCCCAAUGGCGGCUCUCAUCAUGGCGGCAGACAACGCAGGUGGGAACAGCUCCCCCAAGGACGCCAACCAGGUCCACUCCACCACCCGCAGGAACAGCAGCAGCCCACUAUCGCCGUCCUCCAUGAAUCAGAGGAGGCUGGCGCAGAGAGAAGCAUCCGGGGCCGGCACCCCCCACGUGCCGGGCAUGGACCAAGUGCACCCCCAAAGCAUUCCGGACUCCUCGGUACCCGGCAGCAUACCGCUGUGCUGCACGCUGUGCCACGAGCGUUUGGAGGACACACACUUUGUUCAGUGCCCGUCUGUGCCCUCUCACAAGUUCUGCUUCCCGUGCUCGAGGGAGAGCAUAAAGCAGCAGGGCGCCACGGGCGAGGUGUACUGUCCCAGCGGAGAGAAAUGUCCCCUGGUCGGCUCGAACGUACCGUGGGCUUUCAUGCAGGGGGAAAUCGCCACCAUCCUCGCAGGAGACGUCAAAGUAAAAAAGGAGAGGGACCCUUGAUUUUGUCUGAACACUUCUUUGGGGCGGGGGCAGAAUAUGAGUAUAAAUAUAUAAAUAUCACAUACAUACCAUUCAAACAAACUAACGGACUUGUACAUAUUGGACCCAAGGGAAGAGUAUACUUCGUAAACAUGGUUGUAUAAUUUUUGAUUUUUGAAUACAUUGUGUUUCUAUAUUUUUGAAGAUAAAGGUAUGUACUCAUUAUAAUGGACUACGUUCCUCUUUGUUGAUGUUUAACAGAAUUCUUGAUGUACUUCUAGGUCUGGUGGCAGUUCCUGUUUAACGUAGAAUGUGACUAAUGCUACUCUACGAGCACUUGGCAAACUGAAAUGCUUUUAGCUGUACUUGUAUGCACUUGUUUAAAAAUUGCCAAAUACAAUUUCUGAUCUUGUAUGAA